AUGUCCCGCUCUUUCUAUGUCGACUCCUUAAUCAUCAAAGAUUCCUCGAGGCCGGCUCCGUCCCUGCCUGAGCAUCACCACGGCCAGGACUUCUUCAUCCCUCUCAGCAUGCCUUCCCCCCUCGUCAUGUCGGUGUCGGGCCCGGGCUGCCCGUCCCGCAAGAGCGGCGCUUUCUGCGUCUGCCCGCUCUGUGUCACCUCGCACCUGCACUCCUCCCGCGGCGGCGGCGGCGGCGGCGGCGGCGGCGGCGGGGCCAUCCCCCUGCUCAAGAGCCAGUUCCCCGCCGCCGCCGGCGAGGCCCAGUGCUGCCCGAGGGCCGGCCACGCUCACCACCCGCCGCAGCACCCGCCGCCCGCCGCCUCGGUGCCCGCCGCCGCCGCCACCGCCGCCCUGGGGCACUCGGCGCAUCACCCACCUGCCUGCGCCGCCACCGCCUACAGCGUCAGCGACCCCCGGAGGUUUCACUGCCUCGGCAUGGGAGGGUCCGAUUCCAGCCAAAUUCAAAACGGGAAAAGGAUGAGGACAGCUUUCACCAGCACCCAGCUCUUGGAGCUGGAGAGGGAAUUCUCCUCCAACAUGUACCUGUCCCGGCUGCGGAGGAUCGAGAUAGCCACCUACCUGAACCUGUCCGAGAAGCAAGUGAAAAUCUGGUUCCAAAACAGGAGGGUGAAGCACAAGAAAGAAGGCAAAGGCACCCAGCGAAACUCGCACGGGGGCUGCAAAUGCAGCACCAGCCAGGGGCAUUACCCCAGGUCGGAGGACGAAGAGUCUUUAUCCCCCUCAUCGGCUACCGAGGAUAAAGAGAUCUCCCCGUUAUGA